CCCUCCCUGGCCUUAGCCAUGACUCUGCCCAAGGAGGCCAGGAACUAUGUGUUCUACGCACAACAUCCAGAGAAGAAGGUGCAAGUGCCCUCAUGGCAGGAGGUAAAGCAGACCCCUAUCAUCAUGGCCAUGAUUAAAGGUCCAGGGCCCGCCAAGUACCUCCGGCCAUCCUGCACAGGCUACAUAGAUCAUGACAAUUCCAUGUUCCAGGAGCCCGCAUUCACCCUGCACACACGGCAUUCAGAGAAGCGGAUCACAGACAUAUGCAGCCCUGGGCCUCACUACUUCUUGGAUCCCAAAAUAACUCGGUUUGGAAUGUCCAGCUGCCCCCAGGUCCCCAUGGAGGAGCGCAUCUCCAACCUGCGCCUGAGCCCCACCCCAGCCCCCUGUCACUACAACUUGGAGAAGAUCCGUCCCCCUGGGGAACGCAGGGCUCCCCAUUAUGCUUUUGGUUACCGGUGUCCAUUCAGAGUGUUGGACCCCAACCCGGCUCCCAACCAAUACCAGCUGCCAGUCUCACUGGGGCCCAAUACCCCUGUCUAUCGAGCCGCCCCCUGCUAUAGUCUGACCUCCUCUAACAAGAACUGGUUCUACAAGGAGGAUGUGGCAGGAGGCCCCGGUCCAGCCAUGCACACCCGGCCCCAGCCGUCCAUCUACCAGAACCGCAGCCCCAUCUACAGCAUGGCCAGGCGCUUCGCCUACCCACUGGACCACACGCUUCGGCCUGGCCCUGGCUCCCACGAUGUCCAACAGGUCACUGUGCACAAGCCCCGCACACCCUCUUUCACCAUGGGUGUCAAACACUCCCCCCACCUGUGCCCGCUGGUCACCGACAUUCGUGACUGAGGCCCCUGCUGGUGCACUCACCCUCCCACCCACAGAGGUUAUUUUUCUACGCCAAAUUGAGCAACCUGAUCAAGGAUGCAAGUAGCAGAGCUGGUGCCUGCUGAGUGGCGAGCACACGGAAGGCACUAGAUAAAUAUUUUUGUUUACUCAUUCCUUGGUCUCGCAAACACUCACUGCUGGCUUCCUUUGGGCCCCGUUCUGGGUGAGGGGCUGGGAUACUGGGAGAGGGACUG